AUGGGCUUUUUAACCAUUGCAGUCCGCCGAUCUGGGAGUGUUGCUGAGAGAUGCACAGUGGCAGAUGGUGAGAAGCUCUCUUGUGGAGGGUCUUCAUCCAUCACUCAAGCAGACUGUGAAGCCAACAACUGUUGCUACGAUUCGAGCAGCAGCACCAGUCCGUGCUACUAUGCCAAUGAUGUGACUGUGCAGUGCACCCUGGAUGGCCAGUUUGUGGUAGUGGUGUCUGAGAAUGUGACCCUUCCUCCCCUGGAUCUUGGCUCCCUCCAGUUGGUGGACAGCAGUUCCAUUGCUGGCUGGUGGCAAUGUAACCUACCAGAACACCAUGUCUGCUGCCAUCGCUGUGAGGACUGGUCCAGAUGGUUCCAUCACCAGGGACAGUGUCUACAAUGCACCUACUCGGGAAGCCAGGAUGUGCAAGUGGAGGCUGAGGUGUAUACUGUGGCGCCACCUCUUCCAGUAGUAGAGCAAGGGCCAUUUGACCUGGAAUUGGUCAUUGCAAAAGAUUCCUCCUAUGGCUCCUACUAUGUGGAUGUUGACUACCCAGUGACCAAAACACUGAGGGAUCCUGUGGCUGUGGAAGUGCACAUCGUGAACAGGACUGACCCUAACCUUGUUCUGACUCUUGGAGACUGCUGGGUCACCCCAGGACCUUCUGCUUCCAGCCAGCCCCAGUGGAGCCUUCUGGUGAAUGGGUGCCCAAACACGGGAGACAAUUAUUUGACCAGCUUGGUGACUGUGGACAGCACAUCUGGAGUUGCCUACCCAAGUCAUUACAAGAGAUUUGUGUUUGAGAUGUUUGCUUUUGUGGAUCCUCUCACUCAGAAAGCUUUGGCUGAAAAGAUCUUCAUCUACUGUGUUGCGGCUGCCUGCUACCCCUCUGCCCAAGACCCCUGUACUCAGACUUGCCCUGCUAAAAGUGAGUAA